UCCACUUUGAGCUUAUGAACCAGAAGUCCCGGUAGCGCUGAUUUGAGCUGUUGCAUUGACUGUAUAUGAGAGCAGGACUGGGCGAGUGUGAUGUCACCCAUAGAAAACGUCUUACUUCAAACAAAUUGAAGUCAAUUUGGUCACUUUUUUUUUGUUUUUCUGAUACGGGUGCCGCCAUGUUGGAGCCACAUGAGGUCAGUAAGCAAAGAUUAGUCCAAGUCGAUCUGAAUUGGGCUCUGGAGAAUUUGUCAAUUAUCAAAUAAAGAAGAAUGGUUAUUCUGACCAAUAGAACGACUGCGUAUAAGUCAUUUAUUUCUCUAUUGAAGUCUAUGGGAUGUUUGCUUUUUUUUUGGUGCCGGCAGGUGAACGCGUGGGAGGGUCACUUUGUCCAGUUCUUGUAUACAGUCAAUGGUAGAAACAGUCUACUCUCAUUGUCAGUAGAAGUGAGAAGGGAGACGCCUGCUGGCUAUUUUAGUAACUGCAUCUGAGUCUCAGAAUUGUUGAAAAGGUUUGCAUUCCGCCUGUUAAAGUUAAGUAACUUUUUUCUCGUCAGCUUUACUAUUUCAUAUAAAAAUAUUGCUGUAAUUUUAAGCAAUUUUAACAAAACAAGCAUAAUUUUAGUGAUUUUUUUAAAGUUCUGUAUUAAAGAACUCAUUGUCGCGACCCGGAAGUGAAAAGAUCGAGGCAGUUAGCAGCGUUAGCUUGUGUUCAGCGCACCGUGGUGUUUACUAGGCCGUUCUCGGGGGUCUUUAAGACAAAAAUCAGUAUGUGGUUCGAUUCCUAUCAAUCGUGUUUUCCAAAGUGUCGUACAUGAGUGAAUACGUGUUGAACGUAAAGACAACGUGGCUGUGAUUGAGAGACUAGCAGAUGAUCGGAGCUGCUGGUGUUCAGAGGACGGCGGUGUUUGUGUGAGUUUGAGCUGCAGGAACCAUGUCUUCAGAACCUCAGAGAGAUUCUGACAGCCAGCAACGUUCUGCUGAUGAAGGACUUUUUAGACACCGUGAAGGAACCAUCGUCCAGAACGAGCAGGAGCUCUGUCGUCAGCGCAGACUGCUGGAUAUCGUCAGGAAGCCACAACGUCCGCUUCACGCUAUCGGAGUCCUGCCCCAGCCUUAUUUGAGUGAAGAGGAGGAUCUUUGUAACCAGAAAAGAAAACCCAGUGUGAAACAAGGGGAACCAGAGCUUUCAGAAAUUAAAGAGGAACAAGAAGAACCAGAACCCGUAGAGGUUAAAGAGGAACAGGAAGAACCAGAAUCUCUUCAGAUUAAAGAGGAACCAGAUUCCCCACAGAUUAAAGAGGAGCAAGAUUGGCUCUGCGUCAAUCAGGAGGAAGAGCAGCUUGAACUGAAGGAGGAGACUGAUGCUUUGACUGAGACUUUUACUUAUGAGGAUAAUGAGUACAGUGAAGCAAAUCUAUACAGUCAGCAUUGCUUUAAUAUAAUUGAAUGUCAAGACGAAGAAGAAAGCCAACAUGAAGAAUCAACAUUAACUACAGAUGAAGAGACAGACCCACAGAAUAGAGAUCAGUGGAAGAGAAGGGACAGAAGUCCUGACAAAAAUAUGGACAGCUAUCGCAUAUCAGAAAGUCAGUUUGACUCUGAUGUUGGAAAAAAAUCUAAGAAGAUAACUUUGGGUAAGAAAUGCAAACAAUCCCCACAAGGAAAGAAACUUUCCAAUAAAGAAACAAGAAUUGCGCACAAUGUGGCAGGCCACACAAGAACUGAGUCUGAUGACAAAGUUUAUGUCUGUGAAGGAUGCGGUAAAAGUUUUGGUUACUGGUCUCAGUUAAAAAUCCACAUGAGAACUCACACAAGAGAGAAGCCUUUUUCAUGCACAGAAUGUGGUAAAAGUUUUAUUCAAAUGUCUCAUCUCAAAACACACAUGAAAAUUCACACAGGAGAGAAGCCUUUUACUUGUAAAGAAUGUGAUAGAAGUUUUAGUAAUGUAUCUAUUCUAAUAACGCACACGAGAACUCAUACAGGAGAAAAGCCCUUUUCUUGUAAAGAAUGUGAUGCAACAUUUAGGCAAAAAUAUAAUCUCAAAAAACACAUAAAAACUCACACAGGAGAGAAGCUUUUUUCAUGUGAAGAAUGUGAUGCAGGUUUUUAUGAAAAAUCUCAUCUCAAAAGACACAUGUUAAUUCAUACAGGAGAAAAGCCUUUUUCUUGUGUACAAUGUGAUGCGAGCUUUAAUCGAAUAUCCCAUCUAAAGUUACACAUGAGGACUCACACAGGAGAGAAGCCUUUUUCGUGUAAAUUUUGUGACAAAGGUUUUAGUCAAAUAUCUAAUCUCAAAAGGCACGAGAGAACUCAUACCGGAGAAAAGCCUUUUGCUUGUAACGAAUGUGAUAAAAGCUUUGGUCAAAUAUCUCAUCUCAAAACACAUAUGGGAACUCACAAGAAAUGAGCUUUUUUCUUGUAAAGAAUGUAAAAAAUAUGAUUUCAAAUUAUAUGCUUGGAGAACACAGGGAAAUAUUGCUGAAAAUGAAAAAAGUAUAAAAAAAAAAACAAACAUAAAAUUUAUAUUGAACUGUUGCACAUUUAUUUUGAUUAUUGCAAUUUAAUUCAUUUUUUAAAAAGUUGUUUUAGCCUUGAAAUGGUCUGAGUCAUAAGAAUACAAUAGAUUCUAAAGCACUUUACUCUGCUGUCUGCUGACAAACUGUGUGGAGAUGGUCAGAUUUUUUUCAAGAAGGACUUUGCCUUUAUCCUUACAUUGGAAAAUGUACCCAAAACUGUUUCAGUAACCACAAUUUUAGUGUAUUUGAUUGUGGUGAAAAUUUGAAACUGAUUUAUUUAUUAGGAACUGUUGUUAGGAGGAAAACAAAAAAAAGUGUGUGUUUUUUUUUUUUGUUUUUUUUAUUAAAUUAUUUUUCUUAAGUACCUGUAAAUAGAAAUGUAUCGUUUUGAAUUAUAGCAGUUAUAUAUCUUCAUCUCUUGAACAGCUUUUACCAGUUUGAAGGUACCAUUACCAUAUUGGAUUUUUUAAUUUAUUUAUUUUUCAAAAUAUAUAAAUUAAAUUAAUUAAUUUAAAUUAAUUAUUAAAGAUUCAAAACAUCAACAUCUGUUGGUUGAUUUUUAUUAGUAAUGUUUUUAUUUAUUUAUUUUUAUAUCUAAAGUUGUUUAGUUGACCAUUGUGGUCAUAGUUUAUGCUGAGACUUUGUAUAUAUUGUCUAAGUCUAAAACCUUUCAAUGAAAGUGAAAAUGUUCAUUACAUAUAUUUAAUAAAAAACUAUAUUACGCAUAUAUACACACACAAAUAUAUAACACAUCAAAAAGAUUUUAAUUAUUGAGACCUACAAUGACAUAUUUGAACUCAAGAUAUUCCUGUUUAUAAAACAGUGACUCAGGAUGCCCAUAUUAACAAAACUGCAUUAUGAGAUAUUGCAUCUUGAAAUAUAUAUAUUGGUAUAUGGAUAGAAAUACUUAAACAAAAAAAGAAGAAAAGCAGGGGAUUUCCCACUUCAAAUUAAACCCCCUACUGCAAGUUGCAGACGGAGCAGCUGCUUUUGCGAGACAGCUGUUGCUCCUCACCGGGAGAGUUUCUGAAUUAUUUUAUAGAAAUGUGCACUGAUGCUUUUGCAGAUCUCUUCAAAACAAACCUAUCUCUCAUCAUCUUCUGUGAUGAGAUGGAGAACAUUUUUUGAUGGUAGCUCCUCUCAUUUUUAACCAUUUUUAACAGGAUCCUGACAAAACAGGAGGAUAAGUCUGCUGGAUUUACACAAUGCUAUCAUGCUAUGCUAACAAGCUUUUGCGUGUGUCGCUCAUAUGUAAUUGUGGACUGGUCUAAGGUCGGACAAUAUUUGCAGUGACCAGUCUGGCAGAAAUAUAAAACAAAAUUAAUUUAUAGAGCAUUCAUAAACAAACUGGUAUAUUACACAUAAUAAUAAAUGAAUCCACUGUGUAUUAGCUCUCUAAUUACUUUUCUACCUGAUAUUGAUGCUCAGUGUCAACAUCUUGACCAUGUUUACAUGCUUAAUUGCAUUGAGUUGAUGCCAUAUGAUUGGCUGAUUAGAACAUUUUCUUAAGCAGUUGGACAGGUUUGCCCAAAAUAUAGGUGACAGGCUACAGUUUUUUAUAAAUAAUUUUGUUCUAUAUAUAUAUAUUUUUUAUUUUGUUCAACCUUGAUUUCUGUAAUUGUUUAAACAGCAUUUGAUGUAACACAAGCUUCUUGUGUAACAAUGACAAUAAAAAGAUUUUUGACAUUCUGAUUUCU